CCGCGAAGCUCGUCUUGAUGAGCAGCCACUCCUCGGGCGUCGGCACGUCGCUGGGGAGCGGCACGGGAGGGGGGAGCGUGGGCGUUGGCCGCGUGGUGAGGGAGAGGACGUCCGAGGGGAGGCCGCGGUCGGAGAAGACCCAGGCUUGCGAGGAAGUCAUUGUGGUCGUGGUGGUAUUCGUGGUGUUGGUGAUGGUGAUGUCGACUUGGUGGUGACGUCUCUCAAGUCCCAACCGGUCAGCAUAUGGCACUUACAACGCCUUCUCAAAGCAAGCGGUACAUACCAGGCACUUAUCCCAGUCCCUUUACGAGAUUUCGGAUCGCCGGAGACGACGUCUUUAAAGUUCUCACGAGCCGAGCUGCAAUGUGUCUGCCUGUCAGCUGAAGGCCGAAGCUGAAAGAAGCGUGACCCGCUACUGUAGCCAAGCCUCCCAGUGGCUUGCGACGGCCCGAAACCCCAUUUCCUCCCACUGGCUGCUUAGCCGGUGGCUUUCGUAUUUUGUCUGACGUUUCGUAAUGCGUGUGACGUUACAAUGGGCUGGGAAACCUGUUCAAAAGUCGCUGUGUGGUGAGGGACUGGGCAAUGUUGAGAGGCCUGGUACGCUUUGUGGCUUACACGGUGUUGCGUAGGAGUGGCCUAUUUAAAGACUGGGCUAGCGACAGUAGUGGAUUGUUUAUUCUUUAGCCCAGCCCUGCUUAAUCAAACAGGAACA